AUGGCGGGUCAUGAAUCUACUAAGAAUUCCAUUAGGCAUCAUGUCCAAGCUUUGUACAAAAUGUUUGGUGUUGAUUUGAUGUGUGAUCCAAAUAUGUACGCGUUUGCAGACAGUCUAGAAAAGAGCACUGAUAAUUCGGCUGACACUCAGUACAACAUUCAUGAUUUAGUUACCAUACUUAGAAACGAUAACCCACAAUACGAUGGAUUUUUACGGCGGUUUGAAGAGCUGAAACUUAAAAACAUUAGGGAACUUUCCUCUUUUGUUUAUCUCUUAUCAAAGCUGAAGUUGGACGACGCUAUACUCAGAAGUUUAGAGUAUCUUCCUUUGUCUACUGAGCCUCUUAAUGGCCAAAGCAAUGUCUCUCCUAUUCCCGUUUGUGGGGAGAAUAUAGCACAUCUUCAACAUGUGAAUGACGAGUCUUGUACACAAGGGUCAAGUUCAGUGCAACCAGUCAAAAAUGAUAGUCUGAGACCCAUGUUUGGUGCGUCAGAUGAAUUAUCUUUGUUUUCAGCAUGUGGUCUUGGCGCAGAUUCCAGUUCAUUUGUUCAGGCUUCCAAGAAUACAUCUAAAAAGUUGGUUUCUAGCAACACAGUCCAACCUCCAACAUUUCCUCUGCAACCAGAGUGGAUAUACUCACGCGAGACGCUUUGGGAUGACUUUCUGUCGAUUUCACCUAAUUCAGAAUCUUUCCAGCAACUCCCCAUCGAAUCUCUUUCAAAUGCUGUCCAGGAAUACGCUGUUGUUAGCGAUCUACUACAGUGUUUGCAAGGUAACCAAGGAGUUUACAUCAAACCUCUGCCUUUAUCGAAUCGUUACGCAGUCCGAUGUUUUAAAGUGGACGAAAAAAUGACUCCCUCUUUAUCAGAUACUGUAAAUAAAAUUCUCCCACUUUGUUCGGACUAUUCAACAGUGGCUAGAUUUAUAGGUGAGAAGUCCACAUUCGAAUAUGGAACGGUCAACCAGGCACUAGCAUGUGCAAUGCGCGGUUUACUUAAGGAUUAUCUUAUUCUGUUAUGUCAACUUGAAUACCAGCAUAAAAUUGGUCAAUUGGGAAUAGUUAAACUCCACUUUUUUUUGCAAGAAACAGCUACCGCUUUUAAUCACUUGACUCGUCUUGUUAAUAAUAUAAACACAGGACAUUCCGAUCAUUAUGAGCUUCCUACGUGUGAAGAACUUGUUUGUAAUAAAGAGCAUUCUGUGUUUCUUAAUAAAAUUGACCAAGCUCAUCUGUACGCAAGCAGUUUAUUAUUGAAUUUGAUGCUGCAACAAAAGGAUUUAAAAGAACACCUAAAAUCUGUCAAGCGUUUCUUUCUGUUGGAUCAAGGUGAUUUUAUUGUUCAUUUUAUGGAUGCCGCUGCAGCAGAAUUACGUAAAAAUAGCGAAAUUAUUUCUCAACUACGUUUAAAUUAUUUAUUAGAAUUAGCACUUCGUACUAGCACUGCUAAUAGUGAUCCAUUCAAAGAUAAUUUAUCCGUUGUGAUAUUUCAGUUUGAUUUAAUCUCUCAAAUUUUAAUGGUUCUACGAGCUGGAUCAGAAGACGUACCGGACAACGUCUUACCGAUCGAGGAUAAAAAUCUUUCAGGACUAGAGGCUUUCUGUUUGGAUUAUAGAGUUGGCUGGCCUAUUGAUUUAGUACUCAAUCGUCAAGUAAUGGAUCGCUAUCAAAUGCUUUUCCGUCAUCUUUUAUACUGCAGACAUGUUGAGAGAUUACUAUGCAACUCAUGGAUUCUAGGCAAACUUGCUCGUAAAUGUGAUAACCUUAUGACUACCUGGUUUACAACCGCUUUUCUAUUGGCCCAACGAAUGCUUAUUUUCAUUCAACAUUUACAGUAUUUCAUGUCUGUUGAGAUCAUUGAACCAGCAUGGCACAAUUUUUUCAAAAGCGUUGACAAAGUAUCUAAUUUGGACUUACUUUUAGAAUCACAUCUACAUUUUUUGGAAGUAUGUAUGGAUGAUUGUUUACUAGCUAGUCCUGACCUAUUAAGUUUAGUUGGAAAAUUAUCUGUAGCCUGUGUAACAUUUGCUAAUUUUAUCCAACACUUGGCGUUCUCUAUAACAGGAAUCAAUUUAUCAUCAUUUGGAGAUAAUGAUCAAUGUAUUGUUUAUUCAUCGCGGCAUAGUAAUGAUAUGGAAAGGCCUUUCCUACACGAUCCAACACCGUCAUCAAAUUUAGGUCGAACAAAGAAUGAUUUAAAAUAUGCACCCCGUGAAUCUACCACUAGUUCAGUAGAAUCUAUGAUGACAAAAGUUACUAGAGAAGAGUUUGGUAGAAUGAGUUUGUCAGAUGAUAUGGCUAAAACGGUUACGAACUUUGAUACAGAUUUCAGUAGAAUGUUAGUUGAACUGCUUGAAAAGGUCAAACAAUAUGCUAAGCAUCACAGCAGACUGUUAAGUCUAGUAUCAAGACUCGAUUUCAAUAAAUUUUACACUGAAUUUGCUAUGCAGUAUGAUCAGAGCGAGCGAUCUCCCGAACCACCUGGUGAUCAUGAACCGUCUCUUGAUAAAGAUACCCUUGUCGAACACAAAUCAGUAUCACAAACAAACUCGGAAUCCGAUAAUGAGGACUAUAUAUAAUUCGUAUUUUCAGUUUCUUUGAAUAAAUUAUUUUCUAUGUAUUCCACUA